AGAGAGAGGUUUCCUCCAGACCGGCUCACUGUCGUCCAGACCUCCCUCUCCCCAGUCGUGCUCCUCCGCUCCAGAUAGGAGGUGACAGGUGACCGAGCAGUCCGUCAGUCAGUCUGUCUGUGGGACUCCAGCAGCGGAUGUUCUUGGCCAGGCUUCUUCCACCGCGGUGAGGCUGGACGGAUAGACUCAGCAUGGCGCUGGAACCGGAGGGGAACAACCGGCUCCUGCAAGACGUGCUGGUUAGACCGGGCAACGAAACGUGCGCGGACUGCGGCAAUCCAGAGCCAGACUGGGCGUCGCUGACUUUGGGUGUGUUUGUUUGCCAGGCCUGCUCGCUCCUUCACCGGAGCAUCCCCCACAUCAGCCGGGUCAAGUCUAUCCAGGACACGUGGGAGGCCAGUGACGUGGAGUUGAUGGCCGCUACAGGAAACAGUGCAGCCAAAGCCAAAUACGAGCAGAAGGUCCCCGCAUUCUACUACAGACCAACACACACUGACUGCAAGAUGCUGAGAGAGCAGUGGAUCCGAGCCAAGUACGAGAGGAAUGAGUUUGAGUUCAUUGAGAAACAGGAACCUUACUCUGCAGGGUACAGAGAGGGGUUUCUAUGGAAACGAGGACGAGACAACGGUCAGUUUCUCAGCCGAAAGUUCAUCCUGUCGGAGAGGGAGGGGGCUCUGAAAUACUUCAACAAACAGGAUGCCAGGGAUCCCAAAGCAGUGAUGAAAAUUGAGACCCUGAAUGCAACCUUCCAGCCAGCCAAGAUUGGCAACCCCUGCGGCCUGCAGAUCACCUACCUGAAAGACAACAGCACAAGGAACAUCUUUGUCUAUCACAGUGAUGCUAAGGAGAUGGUCGACUGGUUCAAUGCUAUCAGAGCGGCCAGGUUCCACUACCUACAGGUGGCCUUCCCUGGAGCAAGUGAUGAGGAGCUGGUUCCUAAACUGACCCGGAACUUCAUGAAGGAAGGUUUUAUGGAGAAAACUGGUCCAAAGCACACAGAGGGCUUCAAGAAGAGGUGGUUUACUAUGGAUGACAGGAGGCUCAUGUAUUUCAAAGACCCUCUGGACGCCUACGCCCGUGGCGAGGUGUUCAUCGGCAGUAAGGAGAACAGCUACACCGUUCUGUCCGGCUUGCCCUCUUCUACACAGGGAUACCACUGGAACCAUGGCAUCACCAUCGUCACACCAGACAGGAAGUUCCUGUUUGCCUGUGAGACCGAGGCCGAGCAACGGGAUUGGAUAUCUGCCUUUCAGAGGGUCAUCAAUCGACCAAUGAGGCCACAGGAAUACGCAGUGGAGGCCCAUUUUAAACACAAGCCUUGAAGACUGCAGGAAGCCACAACUCAGCAGGACCGGCCCAGUCUCAUUCAGAUCAGAGACAAUCCCAAUGUGUGACCAGGACCAUGGCGGGAGG